UUUUGGAGGACUAGAAGAGAGAGAGCAGAGAGAGACUGUGAGAGAGAGUGAGAGUCAGAGACGAAUUCUAGAGAGAGAGAAAGAGAGAGAAAAUCAAAAGGAAAUAAAAAAAAAGCACAGCAAAGAGCGAGAGAGAGAGAGAGAGAGAGAGAGAGAGAGAGAGAAACGGAAAGUUCAACGUUUUGGAAACUAAGAAGAUUUUCUCGAGAAAAACAGCGGAUAUAUGUCGUCUGGGUUUGAUCUGUUAACUGGAGCUCCGAAGCAGCUCUGGGUUUCUUAUCGUUCUCUGUUCUCUUUAGCCUUUGACACUCUCUUUCUGCUCUCUACCUUUUGCAUGCAAUCUUGGUCUGAUAGUCAGACUCAUAAACAGACUUGUCAAGCUCUUUCCAUGCCAUUAAAAUCAAAACGGUUUUGUUCUGCUGUGGAGUGUUUUGGUUAUUAUCUAAGGAAACAAUUUUCCUUUUCAGUUUUGGGACUUAGAUGCUAUAGGGUUUUGGGGUUUUCUUGAUAGUCAAGCUUAUCAAAGAUUUUGUUUUCCUUUUUUCAAAAAAAUUUAACUUACUUUUUUCCUAUUUAAAAUUUUUCAAAAAUUUUCCUUUGGGAGAGGUUUAGGGGGUUUAAAGUCAAAAUGCCAGGCCUCAAAAACCAACUCUCAAUUCAAGAUAUGUAUUGUAACAAAGGGAACUCAAAGAAACCAAUCAAAGCUGCUCAUUCAAAUUCGAUGAAGAGGAUUCGGAUCAUUUACAAUGAUCCCUAUGCCACUGAUUCUUCUAGUGAAGAUGAUGAGAAACAAGAUGUUAGCAGAUAUCGGUUUGUGAGGUCUAAACGGUUUGUUUCAGAGAUUUUAAUUCCUGGUUCCCCAUUUGAAUCAUGUCCAGCAAGUGUUCCGCAUAUAAACAAUAGUGAUGGGGUUAAGAUUGGUACCAAUACCAAGUUCGAUGAGAGUAAGAAACUUCGAAAGUCAUCCUCUAUGUACAAAGGAGUUCGGCGUAGGAAAUGGGGAAAAUAUGCAGCAGAGAUUCGAGAUCCGAUCCGAGGAGUUCGACUAUGGCUUGGAACUUAUAACACUGCAGAGGAGGCUGCUUUUGCUUACCAGAAGAAGAAGAGUGAAUUUGAUGCUGUACAAUUAUUUGAGAAGGAGAAGAGUGGGUUUGAAAUAUUGAAAACUGCAGAGAAGGCUAAGAGUGAGUCUGAUCAAGUAAUGGAGGUCAUUGACAGUGACUGUGAAAGCAUGCAUUUACAAGAGCAGAGCAAAUGUUCAUCUGAGGAUUCAGCUGGUGCAACUGUUUCCUUGAAGGAAACCGAAAAUGUGUUUUCUCUUCCAUCACCAUCAUCGGUUCUGGAUAUAUCGAGUGCAGCUCCGCAUGGUAGUAAACGUGAAAUGUCAAUUAAAAAAGAGUGCAAUGUUGAAUUUGAUCCUGCAGAAGGUGGUUAUAUGGAACCUUUUAAUGGAGAAGAGCAAUCAAUUCCGGAUUUACUUGAAGAGCCAGUAGCAUUGACAUUAUCAAGCCACGAGUUAAAUUUCGGAUUCGGAGAAAAUGCACUGUUUGAGAUCAAUUUUGACAAAAUUUUUGAUGAUAUUGACACCAUUGCUGAUUAUCCUUUGUGCAAUGAAGAAAAUGUUGAGGCUGUGAAUCUUCCCUCUUUGGAUUUCGAUUUUGGUAAGCAGAGCCUCGCUUGGCUUGAUGAAUCCUUGAAUGUGACAUUGCCAUGAAGUUUUGUAGCUAGGAAUUUUGGUAGUAAUAUAUUUAUGAUAUAUUUAGGAUUAUUGGAAGAAAAAAAUAAAUAAAUAAAAACCCCUAAACAUUUUGAAGAGGAUUUCAUCUUUGUUAAGGAGAAAAAGAGAGUUGUUUGGGAUUUUCUCUGUGCUUUUCAGAGCCUUCCAAGAAAUUUUCAACUCUCUGGUAAUGUUUCACAUGUGAUGUGAGUGAACUUUGUAUAUGGUUUUUGAGUGAAUUUUGUCUAUGGUUUUUGUUUAUUCUGUGCCCUUCUACAUGAUACACUAUAGAAGUAAUAUUUUUUAGUGAUUCAAGUCCAAUUUUGUUGUUA